AUGGUUUUCACUCCGCGCAAGCGCGCCGCGCCCACAGCAACCUUCGACAACACCUGGAACGAGACCAAUGCGGCAUUCCUCGACCCAAAUGCGCUGCCAGUCUCCAAAAUACCGCGAGGAUGGGAGAGGAAACAAGAAGUAAAGAGGGUGGGCGAAGGAAAGGAGAAGAAGAUCUGGCGCAGAUUCAAUCUCAGGUCGCGUGCCGACGACACACCACAAGAAGCAGAAGACGAGGACGAACGAGACGCGCGUUCAAGACCGGUAAAGAGGCGGCAGCACAUGAGCCCAAAGGCGAUGGAGAAAUCAACGAGCAAGCUUGGCGGCAAAAAGCGCGCGUUCAAGGCGACGCGCUGGGACCGCAGGAAGAGCGUUCUGCCAAGGAAGAGAGCGACUCAGACCGAAGACCCCGCGAUCGGCGCAAACGACGAAGUCGAUAGUGAAGAGGAGGGAGAUAGUGCUCAAACCCUGGAACGCGAGGAUAGCAUCAACGAGACAGACACGAACAUAAUCGAACAGACAGAAUCACUAGGAGUUAUAUCUUCCACAUACGAAGAGACGUCGACUUUCACUUUCGCCGUGGACGCGCCGACGGCCGAAGCUACCGAUACCGAGAUCAUAGACGCAGACGACCAAGAACAAGAAGAGGCAGAAUCCACACAGGACGCGACGCUCGCGAAACUAUUCCGUUCGCCACUGAGGGAGCAGUCGAACAUCCCGACCGCAUCGCCGGAGAAGGUCGAAUAUCCAGAGCUUCCUCUGAGCGACAACUUGGAAGCAGAGGCGGAGACGGCUAUGACCGAGGUUGUAUCCACCGAGAUGGUCGGCAAUGUCGCAGAGGAGACAAAUCAAGGGGAAACAAUCUCCAUGCGCGGAGGACCCCGAGAGAAUGUUGAGAUCCCAGACCAGGUUGUCAAGCAACAAGACGAGACCAUGCGUGAAGAGGCGGACCCGGUUCCAGACACACCAGAGCCGGUGACACAGCUUCAGUACCCAGCGUUGCCGUUGGAAGAUACUACGACUUCGCCGCUACCAGCGCUCGACGAAGACGUGAGCGAGGAAGACGAGGAAGAUGUUGAGUUAUCUGAGGUUGAGCUAGGAACAUCGACAGAUGCAGUUCGGAAAGAAGAUACACUCCACUCCUCUGAAGCGGUCGACCGUGAAGACGAGUUUACGGAAGCUUCUUUGCAGCUGAACAUAUUGCGGGAUUAUCAAGCAGCGCUUCAAGAGCACAGUCUUGCGCUUACAGCGAUUCAGUCAGAGCCCAACGAGCUUGAGCAAGAAGAGAUGGAUGAUGAUAUGCGGCCUGAGGAGGAACCAGCCUCUCCUGAAGCUCUUCAGUCACCUGCCCAGGACCUUGCCAUGGCCGACGCGCCUGCCUCAGCAUCUAUAGACAUCGCCGAUGGAUUGACAUUCUCGUUCACACCCAGCAAACCACAGUCGCCCGCCCCACGCAGACUACACUCGCCUCCGCCUCCACCACGUCCUGAAUCCGGACCUGACGAUGUCACAAUGACGGUCGCUAUCGAUGAUGACACCGCCAUGCUCAAGGACUUCCUCACGCGUGCUGCCGCAAGCAAGGCUGAGAAGGCCGCAGUCACUACACACAAGAGAGAAUCUCUACAGAACCGACGAGACUCAGAUAUCAUCAAACAUGCCCUAGCCUCACCCCGCAAGGUGCUUGAAGAGAAGGACCCCAACUCACCCACGAAGCAGCACACCGAAUUGACGCUGGAUCUGUCGCAAACGCUCACACUAGCCAAACCAGAUGAAAAGCUCCCAUCACCUAACCCCGGCGCGACAGAAACCGAAACCGCGGAAGAGAAGAGCGAACAAGGAUCAAGACGUUCUGCACGAGCAAAGAAGACAAGGCUACCUACUCCCGCAUCAAUCGGCCCAGCACCAGCACCCAAAAUCAACAUCCGCCGUGCCGACGGAAAUGAAGUCGUCGUACUCAAGAAGGACGACGCCAAAGUACUCGCCGACAUGACACGCAACAACACGCGCAAGAACAAACAGGGUGCUUUCUGCGUCACCGUCCGACUAAUGAAGCUCGCCAUGGACUACUCCAGCCUCCCUCCCCUCGACGACUCCACCAAAGAACUCGUCGUCGGCAAAAACGUACGCUGGGACGAAACACUAGCAUACUACCAAGAGAACCCCGAGACCCUCGCCAACGCCUUAGCAGACGCAGAGUCUCUAGCCACUCCAGACGAACUCGGCAUGUCGGACUGCACCCCCGAGCCCAAGAAGAAGAAAGAAAAGACCAGCAAGAACUCCACGCCAAAGAUACGCAGAGUACGCGGACUGGGCACAUCGAAUGGUACGCCUGGGAAGGGAUUGCUGGCACCUGCUAGUCUCCUCCCUGAAGCAGUUCAAGAAGAAAAGGCCGCGACGCAGGAGAAGCAAUCGUCUAAGCCAAAAUCGACCAAAGUCAAGAAGAUGGUCGUUGCCUCCUCCACUUCUUCUACCACCUCCACGGCUACUUCCACCUCUACCCCAACAUCAACAUCAACAUCCCUAAACAGCAGUCUCUCCUCCAGCACAACAGACACUAAACUUCCUUCUCUCGACGUCGCACCCGUAGGCGUCCAACGCAAGAGCCGGCUUGCGGCACCGAAAAAGGUGGUUUUGCCACAGACACCUUCUUCCUCCAAGGCUGGUGACAAGGAGAAUGUGAGUAGAGUGGGGAUGGGUGAUGCGACGCCUAAGAAGGGUUUGAUGACGCCCAAGGUGGUUAUCCCGGCGAGUGCGACGGCAGGUGUGGGUAUGGGAAUGGGAGUGGAAAGUGGGCUGCCAAGACGGAGGGGCCGGAAAUAUUAG